CUUUCAUCAGCUCCUCGCCUCCACCGUUCUUUCGCUCUUAAAAACUUUCCUUGUUGUCUAUUGGUCUCUCCGCGCCAUCACCAUUUUCUUUCUUUCUUCUCUUAUUCUCUCCUUCUGCUCUUCUAUUUUGCUUCCCUCCUCUUUCUCGAAUCUCGCCUCAGCUAUCCUCUACGACAUGCUGCUAAGCAGGCAACUUACAAGAAUUAACAGUCUGAGUUGAAGAAGAAGCUUAUGUGUUUUCCCAUUGGGUAACCCUACUCUACCAACAAGGUCGCUGAAGGCAUUAGAGUAGAAGCUGUCGGUUGACUUGUCUACACCACUUAGAUCCAUUUUUUAAGAAAAAUGGGAAGCAACAGUAAUCUGCAGACUUGGGUAUCUGACAAAUUAAUCUCAUUGCUGGGAUAUUCGCAGGCCACAGUUGUUCAAUAUGUUAUAGGACUAGCGAAGCGAGCAACAUCACCUGCUGAUAUUUUGGGUGAGCUAGAGAAUCUCGGUUUGUCUUCAUCAAGUGAUACUCGAGCAUUUGCUGAAGAGAUAUUUUCUAGAGUUCCCCAUAGAACUGCUGGUGUUAAUCUUUACCUACAACGAGAAAUUGAAGCUGCAACGUUGGCAAGGAAGCAGAAGACUUAUACACUUCUUGAUGCUGCUCGGACACGAAAAUUAACUGAGCCCAAACUUUCACAGAAGGAGGAAGAAGAGGCUAUUCGGAGAGCAAAGGCUUUGGAGCAUGAUGAUCUUGAAUCGUUAAGGAAAGUUUCACGACAAGAAUAUUUGAAGAAGAGGGAGCAAAAGAAACUGGAGGAAAUCAAGGAUGAGAUAGAAGAUGAACAAUAUCUUUUUGAAGGUGUAAAGCUUACUGAAGCAGAAUAUCGUGAAUUUAGAUAUAAGAAAGAAAUAUAUGAGCUUGUGAAGAAGAGGUCAGAAGAGGCUGAGAAUGCAAAUGAGGUAAUCAUGCCUUACAAAAAAAAGGGUAAGAUAAAUGUCCCUUUUAUUUAUUUAUUUAUUUCUUUUAGGGACACAAGUGUAUCAGAUAAAAUGAACCCAUUUGCAGAACAAGAGGCUUGGGAGGAGCAUCAAAUUGGAAAGGCAACAUUAAAAUUUGGGUCGAAAAACAAAAGGCCAACCUCCGAUGACUAUCAGUUUGUGUUUGAGGACCAGAUAGAGUUUAUCAAGGCAUCAGUGAUGGAUGGCGACAAUUUUGAAGAUGUCUUGCCCACCGAAUCACCUGACGGUUCCAGGGUGAAAUCAGCAUUGGAAAAACUUAAGGAGGAGAGAAAAACGUUACCAAUCUACCCAUACCGAGAUGAGCUUCUUCAAGCUGUUGAAGAUCAUCAGGUUCUUGUUAUUGUAGGAGAAACUGGUUCUGGGAAGACCACACAGAUACCCCAAUAUCUUCAUGAAGCUGGUUACACAAAGCGUGGAAAGGUUGGAUGUACACAGCCACGAAGAGUUGCUGCCAUGAGUGUCGCUGCCCGAGUUUCUCAAGAAAUGGGUGUCAAACUUGGGCAUGAGGUUGGUUACUCUAUUCGUUUUGAAGAUUGCACUUCAGAAAAGACUGUUUUGAAAUACAUGACUGAUGGAAUGUUGUUGCGUGAGUUGCUUGGCGAACCUGAUCUAGCUAGCUACAGUGUGAUAAUGGUGGAUGAGGCGCAUGAAAGAACUUUAUCAACUGACAUUCUGUUUGGGUUAGUGAAGGACAUAACCCGGUUUCGGCCCGAUCUCAAAUUGCUUAUCUCAAGUGCAACACUUGACGCAGAGAAAUUCAGUGACUAUUUUGAUUCUGCUCCAAUUUUCAAAAUUCCAGGGAGAAGAUUUCCUGUUGAUAUCCAUUAUACCAAGGCACCUGAAGCUGAUUACUUAGAUGGGGAUGUUUUGAUUUUUUUCACUGGUCAGGAGGAAAUUGAGGCAGCAGAAGAAAUUAUGAAACACAGGACAAGAGGUUUGGGAACAAAAAUUGCGGAACUUAUAAUCUGUCCGAUAUAUGCAAACCUUCCAACUGAACUCCAGGCGAAAAUAUUUGAACCUACACCAGAAGGUGCACGCAAAGUUGUCCUUGCGACAAAUAUUGCAGAAACAUCUUUAACUAUUGAUGGGAUCAAAUAUGUCAUUGAUCCAGGGUUUUGCAAGAUGAAAUCAUAUAAUCCAAGGACAGGAAUGGAGUCUUUGCUGGUGACUCCCAUCUUGAAAGCCUCUGCCAAUCAGCGUGCUGGUCGAUCUGGACGAACGGGUCCAGGAAAGUGUUUCCGCUUGUACACGGCUUAUAACUAUCACAAUGAUUUGGAAGAUAAUACAGUGCCAGAAAUACAACGAACAAACCUUGCAAAUGUUGUGCUUUCUCUGAAGAGUCUUGGAAUCCACGACUUGCUAAACUUUGACUUCAUGGAUCCACCACCUGCUGAAGCACUCCUGAAAGCUUUAGAAUUGCUCUUUGCCUUGAGUGCACUAAAUAAACUGGGAGAGUUAACAAAAGUUGGUAGACGAAUGGCAGAGUUCCCUCUUGAUCCUAUGCUAUCAAAGAUGAUAGUUGCUUCUGACAAGUAUAAGUGUUCUGAUGAGAUAAUUUCAAUUGCUGCUAUGCUUUCUAUUGGAAAUUCAAUCUUUUAUCGUCCAAAGGACAAGCAAGUCCAUGCUGAUAACGCUAGAAUGAAUUUUCACACUGGGAAUGUGGGUGAUCAUAUUGCUUUGCUGAAGGUUUACAAUUCAUGGAAGGAAACAAAUUAUUCAACCCAAUGGUGCUAUGAAAAUUAUAUUCAGGUGAGGAGCAUGAAACGUGCCAGAGAUAUAAGAGACCAGUUGGAGGGGCUUCUGGAGAGAGUUGAAAUUGAGGUGACGUCGAAUCCAAAUGAUUUAGAGGCUAUAAAGAAGGUUAUAACAUCUGGUUUCUUCCCUCAUUCUGCUAGGCUGCAGAAAGGUGGAUCUUACCGUACAGUGAAACAUCCACAGACUGUUCAUAUACAUCCCACCUCAGGACUGGCCAAGGCUCUCCCAAGAUGGGUUGUGUACCAUGAAUUGGUCCUCACAACCAAGGAAUAUAUGAGACAGGUGACUGAACUAAAGCCAGAGUGGCUGGUGGAAAUAGCUCCUCACUUCUACCAAUUGAAGGAUGUUGAAGACUCUGCGUCAAAGAAAUUGCCAAAGGGAGAAGGGCGGGCAGCACUAUAACAGCAAAGUGGAGUAAAUCCUUUUGUAGAGACGUUUGAGACGUGUUCAACUAGGGGCUUACUGUGCUUUUAAAAAAAAAAAAAACUAGGGGCUUACUGUAGCUUACUCAAGGUUAGAGGCUUAAAGAAGGUUAGAGCCGUCUUCUGAAAAAAACAAGGUUAGAGCUGUCAAUAAAAUUUUGUAAUUUUAGGGUACUACACAUUUAAAUCAUUUAUAAACCUGUAGUAGUUCGUUGUCUCGUGGAUGAAAUUUGGGCAAAUUCAUGUUCGAUUACUCGAAUUAUUUCAUGUUGUAUAUACGUAUAUAUUUCUACCAAA